GGCGGCCUAGGGCGUGGCCGGAAAAGGCGGGGAAGGCAGGCAAAGCGAGGGGGAGGGGGGAGAGCGCGCGAGCGAGGGGGCGCUCAGUGGGUUCGGGCCGCGCUGCCGCCGCCGCCGCCGCCAUUAGCUGCUGGCUCCGACUGAGGAUUCAUAAUGGGAGACAAGCCUAUUUGGGAGCAGAUUGGUUCCAGCUUUGUACAGCAUUACUACCAGUUGUUUGAUACAGACAGGACUCAGUUAGGAGCAAUAUAUAUAGAUGCCUCAUGCCUUACAUGGGAAGGACAACAAUUUCAGGGCAAAGCAGCUAUUGUUGAAAAACUCUCAAGCCUUCCCUUUCAAAAAAUACAACACAGCAUCACAGCACAAGACCAUCAGCCCACACCAGACAGCUGUAUACUCAGUAUGGUAGUUGGACAGCUUAAGGCCGAUGAAGAUCCUAUUAUGGGAUUCCACCAGAUAUUUCUAUUAAAGAACAUCAAUGAUGCUUGGGUUUGCACCAAUGACAUGUUCAGGCUAGCAUUGCACAACUUUGGUUGAGAGAGCAUCCCCGGGGCACCUGUCCUUUUCUUUUCUCCUCCUUACAAAUAUUAAUCACACUCAUGGAACAUUCCAAAUAUCAUACACAAACCUGCAGCACCGUGGCCAGUGAGCAAGCAAGACCUGCGACGUGCCCUUCCGAAGCAUUUAUGUUGUGUCACUAGAAGAGUUCCUUGUGCAUGAUGUUUGGAAGUUAGACUUAGCUGCAUUUGACAAGGGAAAUGUGUGUUUUACCAGCAUGCCUCGGGAAGCAUCCGUAACGCAAAAGAUUGUGUUUCUGUACUGACAAGUUUCUCUAAUAACCCAAAGAAACAAAAGGAAAGGAAAGAACAGCAGCCUGAAUCCAGCUCAGAUAUUGAUUUUUUUUUUUGUUCAGAUGUUUCAGUGCUACAUUAUACAAUAAAACCAUGAAAUUUUCCUAACA